CCCUCUCGAUCGCCCCGUCAGUCCGGAGCGGUCUGCCGCGCGCGCCCGGCCGCCGCGGCCUUCGGCGCGCGCAGCCUUCCGCGCGCGCCCGGAGCCGCGGCGCGCGCCGCGCCCGAUUCCCCCGAGGAGCGCAUGCCGUGGCGCUCGCCUCGCAGGGGGGAGGCGCGCCGCCCCGCCGCGAGGGGCGGGCCGGGGCAGCUCGCGUGGCCUGCGAGUUCGUGGCCACCCGAGGAUGUGCCUCGAAAAGCAGAGGCGGCCAGUCGCUGGUCGGCCCGUGGCCAUCCCACGACGCGCCUCGAAGAAGCAGAGGCGGCCCACCGCUGGCCGCCGAGAGAGCGCACGUGCCAUGCUGCUCCUCUCCACUCCCCUGUCGCCUCGCCGGUCGUUCCCCCCCCCCCAAUGCCGACGUUUGCGCCGACCCCCGUGUCUCGAGCCCCAAUCGGGCGCCGCGCGCGCGCAGGCUGGCCAGCACCGCCUGCGGCGCUGCAGGCGCCCCCCGGCGCUCUGGGCGCUGGCGGCGCCCUGGGCGGGCGCCGGGCCGGGCUCCGCCCAGCUGGGGGCCCGCGCGCGCGCACGGCCGUCCUCGCCCGACGGAGAGGCAGGGAGGAGGCGAGGGACGAGGGGAUGCGGGAGGGGACGCGUGCGGCCAGGCGCGGGGAGCGCUCGUCGUUGUGCCCCCUCUGCGCCCGCCGUGCCCAUGGGCACCCAAAAAAACACGACGCCCGAGCUCCUCACUGGUCAAGAGCCACAGUGAGGGCCGGUGCUGGUCGCGGCCACGGCAUGGGCCGUGGGCGCGCUGCGGCUGCAGCAGGAGGGCACUGGCGCCGUGGCCACUGGUGGGAGGCCGGUUGCGCCAUGGCUUGCUGGCCGCGGUUGCGGUCGAGGCCGCUGGCGUCGAGGGCGGGUGAGCCGCCGCCGAUGCCAAACAAAAACAAAAAAGCGCACCUGACUCAACGCGCGUGCACCAGACUCAGGGAGGAGGAGGAGGAGGAGGAGGAGGAGGAGGAGGAGGAGGAGGAGGAGGAGAAGGAGGAGGAGGAGGAGGAGGAGGAGGAAGGAGGAGGAGGAGAGAGGAGGGCUGUGAUAAUUCCCCUCGCACCUCCGCGGCAUGAAUCGGGCGACGCGCAGGGAUGCGCAAAAACAAAAAAAACAAAAAUGGUACGACGAACGCCGCAGUGUGGAUGUUCUGCUGCUUUCCCGCCACCCCACGCCACCAACGCCCCCCAGUGUCACCUCCUCUGCGCUACCACAACUGGCCGGCCCGACAGCGAAUUCAUUGGGGUCAGCCUGCCAGGGACGACCACGGGACGUGACAUGGACGCGCUAAUUAGCUCCGCUCGAGUGCGAACUGUCGAACAGCGAGGCUUAAAAACCAAAGUGUUUCGCCAUAGCUUCAUCGCUGAGGCAGAUGAGAAGGCGGAGGAGCAAGGGGGGAGCGGGGCGAAGGAAGGGCGUGGAGAAGCACAAGAAGGAAGAAGGAGUGAAGCCCACUAAAAUGUCAGACUGGAAAAAAUAUUCCAGCCUCCCUCGCGUUGCUGGGGAAAGGGUGGCACUUCGGAAUUUGUCCAAAGUAGAGCAUGCACAGUGAUUAACAAACAGCUAGCACAUCUCUGUGACAACAAUUAAAACCUCUGUAGAGAGAUAACUGAAAAAGCGAGGUACGAGUGAUGACGUUCUGUUGUGGGCGAAGCCCUAAAAGGAGGGGUUCCAGGGGAGGGGGGUAGCGUGCCCAUAUGGGUGUGAUUCCCUGCCUCCCCCCCAGCCUCGAGGCCCGCCAACUCUACUGCGCUGCGCCCUCAAUGUCAAAGGAAGGCCAAAUAACUUAUUACCCCAAGAACGACCACCGUGGGUCAUGGGAAUCGUGUCUCCGGCCACUCGGAACAACUUAGCACGGCAACCCCGCGGCGCCAGGCGUGGGGCGCCCCGCCUUGGAGGACCCACUCUGGCGCGCCGCGGGCGGCGCCCCGCGAUCGGGAGCCCCCUGUGGCGGCCCCCGCCGCGCGCCUCAGACGGCGUUGGCGGCGACGCGGUGCGGCGGCAGCGGCGGAGACGUCGAGUUGCGCCGCCUCCAGAUCAUCGAGUUGACCAUGGAGGGCACCUGGCACGAGCCCGAUCCGACAUUGGGCGUGGCGCUGCGCCGGAUGCGCCGGCGCUCCGCGGACUCCUGGAAGGCAUUCUUGAACGUGCUGCCGUCGCCAUCCUGGUCUGGAUCCUGCGGCGCCAGCGCAUGCACCGACGGCAGCCCCGGCCAGCCCUCCCCCCACGGGGAGGCCCGCCGCGAGCCCCGGCAGCUCUGCCGCUCGGAGGCCAGCCGGACGCGCACGGCGUCGGCGGGGCCCGCGUCCUCCGCCGCGGCCUGGGGCUCCGCCGUCGCCUGCUCACCUGAGACCUGCUCGUACCGGUACAGGUGCACCUCCGAGCUGAAGCACACGCGACGAGAUGCCCCCGAGCACGAGGUGCCUUUCGAAGCAUUGCUCGAGCACUCGUACAUCUCCGACAGUACUGGGCAGGCCAGGCUGCAGGCGCGCGUCAUGGUGCCUUCCCCCCGUGACAAAGGCAGAGGGCCUUAAAAUGGCUACGGACUCCGAAAGAAAAGGAUUGUUGGGCACCCAAGCAGGCAAACCGCCCGAGACAUCCCCCCAAUCUGGGCGCGAACGGGCCUGUGCUAUACCCCCUG